AGCACAUCCACGUCCUCCACCCACCGCCAUCGAACCCGAGCUGAUCUAGCUGACGGGGUAAUUCACACGCCGACACCUGCAAUCUCUGAUCGAGGUUGGCAGCACAGAACGUAUCGAUUCGGAAACAAUUGCAUACACGACCGGCCGACUCUGCGACGGCUCGACUCAUCCCCUUGUCACAUUCUGCAAUUACUGGACGCCACAUACAUUUCCCCCCGUAUGCGACUUAUCAUCCCACCGAUCAAUGCAUGAGAGCAGUACAUGUUCUGUCUAGGCUGGUGUCGACUUUGGGUUACACACUGGUGGACGUCCAACCCAAGUCUCAUUUCUCGCCCCCAAUUCGGCUCGACCUCUUCUCCAUCUUUGACAUUGACAUUGUCUCUGCCGGCCUUGGCCUAGUACAGCCAUGGAUUUGCUAGCUACUGUCAGGAAGGAGGGGUCGCGAGGGGGACGCGGAGAGUUCAAGUGGUCCGAUGUCGAAGGCUCCUCUCACCGGGAAAAUUAUCUCGGGCACUCACUGAUGGCCCCUGUCGGUCGCUGGCAGAAAGGCCGUGAUCUCACCUGGUACGCUAAAGCAGACGCAGACUCACAAGGCGACGAAGAUGCCGCUGCCAAAGCAGCAAGAGAACGGAAAGAGGAGAUCCAGCGAGUCAAACAGGCUGAGGAAGAUGCUCUCGCCCGCGCUCUUGGGUUGCCAGUGCCUCAACGGAACAAUCCACACAUGGACGAGCUAGGGACUCGACGCGAGGUUGACAACGUUCUGAAAGAGGCUGCAGUGGGCGAGGAUGCAGCGUCUUCCAGGGGUGUUGGUUAUGGGCGAAUGGCAGGGGGCUCGGCUAUGAAUGAGGGGAAAACCAGUGCCACUGAACGCCUUGAAGGUACUGUCUCAAAUCAGGACAAGGAGCUUCAGUAUGCUCUCAAGGAAUACAGGCGCCGUCAUGGCGAGCGACGACACAGAAGCCGGAGCCGGAGCAGCCAUCGUCACAGAGACAGUCGCCACAGAAGACAUCGGGACGACCGCCAUCGACAUAGAGAGCGCCAAUCGAGGUCGCCACGGCGUAACAAAUCUGACCGUGUGAGAUCAAAAUCAGCUUCGCCACCUCGAGAACGUGAUCAUCAUCGCCGAGAGCGAUCCAGAAGUACCUCUCGAUCGAGACGGCGUCCCGAAGGACACCGGGGUGACAGGGAUAGAAGAUACGAACAAGGUGGACGACGCUGAAUCCUGAUUGCUUGAAAGCACCCAGGAAAGUGUUUCCGGAAUUGAAUGCAUGCAGCUGCCCAAGACAAAACUUCUGCUAUCUCAAGCCUAAUGAAGCAUCGAAGAUGUCGCUCUCAAGAUCCUUGAUGUCCACGUCUACGAUACUGGCUGCACGUGCAGGUCCACCAACCCCCUGCCGUGCGACAAUAUCGGCUGAUGCACUGGUAUCGACAAAUUCCUCCAGCUCCUCGCUCACUGUUUUCAGCUUCUCCUUCACGCUAGCCACUCCCUCGACCCCGACAAUGUGACGGGCAGGUGGGUUUUCAUGGCCACCAAUUGCUGUCAACGCAUGGACAGUCUCUGCAAUCAAUUUUUCUGUAUGUGCAUGACUAAGAGGUGGAUACAAGCUGACUACCUCGUCACGACUGAGGAGGUAAGGCCCGCUCUGCCUCUCGGCUUCCGACGAAGGCGACUGAAUUUCUGUCUCGGGCGGAGGAGGAUAUUGGGCACGAAUACCAGGCAGGCGAUUCAGCCUUCAUUGGCGGUGCUGAAGUGAUCUUGUUGGUUAAGAUUCCGAUCUCGACGCUCGCUUGGACAAUCGUCAAUUUAAUGUUGAAGGGCGCAAUCUCAUAGGCGAUGCUAUCACAAAAGCCUUCCAAUGCCCACCCAGACGCACAAUACAUACUCAACCCUGGUGUCCCAAGAUGACCUGUGAUGCCGGUGAGGGCAAUGAUGUGACCAUUCAUUUGUGAGCGCAUUUGGGGGAUGACGGCUUUGAUGAUAUUCAUCGGACCGAAGAAAUUCUUCUCGAACUGAUCUCGCACCAGCGUCAGGGUCCGAGAACUGGCUGAAAGUUCUUCGACAGUCCCAAUCACUGCUUCACUAGUACAGCAAAAGAGGAUGUCGAUCUUUCGAAAGGUAUGCACGGCCUCUGCAACGGCCGCCUGACACUGUCCAACUACCCUGUCUCCGAGUCAACCCCAGCUAUCUUGUAGCGGAAAGAUGCAUAUAGAACUCAAGUCGCAUAAUGUCAAUUUGUAAAAUGCAGUACUGCAUACCUGAUAUCUAGG